GUGCGCACAAAAUAUGCGCAUGCGCCAUCGCUAUUUCCAUGGUUCUCUCGUGUUGAGGCUCACAGUGAGAAACUAACUAGCUGUCAUGUCUGAGAAGAAACAAACUGUAGAUUUGGGCUUGCUGGAGGAAGAUGAUGAAUUUGAGGAAUUUCCAGCUGAAGAUUGGACGGGCCUGGACGAGGAUGAGGACGCUCACGUGUGGGAAGAUAACUGGGACGACGAUAACGUAGAAGAUGACUUCUCCAAUCAGCUGAGAGCUGAACUUGAGAAGCAUGGAUACAAGAUGGAGACGUCGUAACACUGACCAUCACGUAACAUGCUGAUGACUGGAUAAUCACAGCUGAACAUCGUCAUUGUACAAAUGUGAUUUUUCUUCUUUCCUCUGUAAGAAGUUAAGAGUGACAAGUGUUAACGGUGUGAAGAAAUUGGAAUAGAAUUAGGUUUUUUAUUUUGUGCUCACAAGAAACUGUUUGUAUGUGUUAAUAGUUGGUAUAUUAAAGCUUUUCUCUUCCUA